CUCUUGUAGCGAAUGAAGUUUUAUAUUUUACAUGAGCAGUAAUUCUCUCUACAAACCAGACUGAAAACUCUCUGUUAAACGGAGUCCACCGUGGACAGAAGAAUCUAGCACUUUCGGACGUGUAAUUGCUGGCCCGCCCUGAACCCGGGAGCUAUGUUUCUUUGUGGCGGAUGAAUAAUUCAGUCAGUGUGUGAGUCAUCACUGCGGCUAUAAAUAAGAGGUGUGUGACGCAGUGCUCAAUUAGAUACAGCAACAGCUGAGAAGAGGUAUUCGCAUCGUGCCACUGGAAGCGGUGUAUUUUAUUGUUCUACCCUGCUAGGAGGUCAGGAUGCAGAUAUUUGUGAAGACCCUGACUGGCAAGACCAUAACCCUUGAGGUUGAACCCAGUGACACUAUUGAGAAUGUGAAGGCCAAAAUCCAAGACAAAGAGGGUAUCCCACCCGAUCAGCAGAGAUUGAUCUUUGCAGGCAAGCAACUAGAAGAUGGCCGCACACUUUCAGAUUACAACAUCCAGAAAGAAUCCACUCUCCAUCUUGUGCUUCGUCUGAGAGGUGGUAUGCAGAUAUUUGUGAAGACCCUGACUGGCAAGACCAUUACCCUAGAAGUUGAACCCAGUGACACUAUUGAGAACGUGAAGGCCAAAAUCCAAGACAAAGAGGGUAUCCCACCCGAUCAGCAGAGAUUGAUCUUUGCCGGCAAGCAACUAGAAGAUGGCCGCACACUUUCAGAUUACAACAUCCAGAAAGAAUCCACUCUCCAUCUUGUGCUCCGUCUGAGAGGUGGUAUGCAGAUAUUUGUGAAGACCCUGACUGGCAAGACCAUUACCCUAGAAGUUGAACCCAGUGACACUAUUGAGAACGUGAAGGCCAAAAUCCAAGACAAAGAGGGUAUCCCACCCGAUCAGCAGAGAUUGAUCUUUGCCGGCAAGCAACUAGAAGAUGGCCGCACACUUUCAGAUUACAACAUCCAGAAAGAAUCCACUCUCCAUCUUGUGCUCCGUCUGAGAGGUGGUAUGCAGAUAUUUGUGAAGACCCUGACUGGCAAGACCAUUACCCUAGAAGUUGAACCCAGUGACACUAUUGAGAACGUGAAGGCCAAAAUCCAAGACAAAGAGGGUAUCCCACCCGAUCAGCAGAGAUUGAUCUUUGCCGGCAAGCAACUAGAAGAUGGCCGCACACUUUCAGAUUACAACAUCCAGAAAGAAUCCACUCUCCAUCUUGUGCUCCGUCUGAGAGGUGGUAUGCAGAUAUUUGUGAAGACCCUGACUGGCAAGACAAUUACCCUAGAGGUUGAACCCAGUGACACUAUUGAGAACGUGAAGGCCAAAAUCCAAGACAAAGAGGGUAUCCCACCCGAUCAGCAGAGAUUGAUCUUUGCAGGCAAGCAACUAGAAGAUGGCCGCACACUUUCAGAUUACAAUAUCCAGAAAGAAUCCACUCUCCAUCUUGUACUCCGUCUGAGAGGUGGUAUGCAGAUAUUUGUGAAGACCCUGACUGGCAAGACCAUUACCCUAGAAGUUGAACCCAGUGACACUAUUGAGAACGUGAAGGCCAAAAUCCAAGACAAAGAGGGUAUCCCACCCGAUCAGCAGAGAUUGAUCUUUGCCGGCAAGCAACUAGAAGAUGGCCGCACACUUUCAGAUUACAACAUCCAGAAAGAAUCCACUCUCCAUCUUGUGCUCCGUCUGAGAGGUGGUAUGCAGAUAUUUGUGAAGACCCUGACUGGCAAGACCAUUACCCUAGAAGUUGAACCCAGUGACACUAUUGAGAACGUGAAGGCCAAAAUCCAAGACAAAGAGGGUAUCCCACCCGAUCAGCAGAGAUUGAUCUUUGCCGGCAAGCAACUAGAAGAUGGCCGCACACUUUCAGAUUACAACAUCCAGAAAGAAUCCACUCUCCAUCUUGUGCUUCGCCUUAGAGGUGGCUGUUAAACUUAAAAGACUUUCAUUCCCUGUUGCGAAUUUUAUGUUGCACUGUUUGGUUGUAUGCUACAGUCAAAGACCUGUACAUGAUAUAGCUAAAUAAAGUUUUUGUUGCACAGCAAA